AUGUGCACGGCUGAAGCAACUGCAUCUCUGCUCCAGGUAGAGGAAACCUUCUCAGCAUGCCUGGGACGGAUAGAUGCCCUCAUCCUCAAGCCUCUGCUCCAGGCAGAGCCUAGUGACCAGAAAGGAAAGGAGAACUUUAAGCUCUUCCUCCUCCUGAAUGAUCGAUUUCAAGCUCUCUGGAACCUCACAGAAGAAAAUUACCGGAUACUGAAACAAAAAUGCAGCACCUCUGAGUCAUUCUGCAUCCAGGACAUCUACACUGUCUGGAAGGGAGACCUGUUUCUAAGCCUCUACAUCCAAUAUUUCGUCACUUUUGCAAACUAUGUUGUAGUCCAUGGCUUCGAACAUGCCACAAAGAGCAAAAGUGAAGCCUGGAAGCACCAUAAGACAGUGCUGAAACAAUUCCUCAAAGACUUUACCUCCGAGACCUCCAUGUCACUGGCCUUACACACUGUUCUUCACAAACCUAUCCGGGACCACAUUGAGCAAUAUAUACUGCUCCUUACCAAGCUGAAUGAGGCUCUCAAAGAGGGCUCUGAAAAGGACGUGGUUACCAGCGCCAUCAAGGAAUAUGUGAAGCUGGAGUCUUUCAUCAGCCAAGUCCUGGAUGAAGCUUGUUUUACCAAGUUCUUAUGGAAAUCCUUGGGCUACAAAUUCACAGAUGUACUCUGUGUACCUGAAAGGAGGCUGCUGGAAGAUAGCAAAAAUCUUCCCAUCUCUGCCAGCACGAAUCGAUCAGACCGGAUAUUGCUCUUUGAUGACGUCCUUGUGCUGAUUCAGGGAAACAGCUUUCAGAGUUUUGAUUUGAAGCUUGUGUGGGUAGAUGAAAACUGCACGGAGAAAUCAGCUCCAGGACUGUACGGAUUCCGCAUUAUAACCCCAGAAGAAACAUUCUUUUUCUCUGCCAAAGACCCGCAGAUGAAGGCUGUUUGGCAGUGGAAGCUGAACCAGGCUGUCCGCCAGGCACUGAACGGGAAGCGAGAUUUCCCAUUGUGGGGCAAGACUGGUGAAGGCACCGAGCCCCCGUCCUGCCGCUUCUUCACCUACGUCUUCAGGCAGGAGGGCAAGUUCAAGAGUGCAUCCUACGAGGGCGAGUGGCACUGGGGAAAGCCACAUGGCAAAGGGACAUUGAAGUGGCAAGAUGGGCGCAACCAUGUUGGAGAUUUCAAAGAGGGCUUGGAGCAUGGGUUUGGAAUAUGUCUUGUUCCACGCCGAUCUGAAGACCGGUAUGACUGCUAUAAGUGCCACUGGUACGAGGGCAAGAUGAGAGGAUAUGGAAUCUGUGAGUAUGGGAGUGAUAUGGUCUACAAAGGUUACUUCAAAGACAAUGUGCGUCAAGGGUUUGGGAUACUGGAGAACGUCUCAGCUGAGCAUCCAUUUAAAUACACAGGACAGUGGGAAAAUGACAAGAAGAAUGGAUACGGAGUCUGGGAAGACAAAGAUAGAGGGGAGAGAUACAUAGGGACAUGGCUCGAUGAUCACAAACAUGGACAAGGCAUUGUAGUAACCCAGUCAGGUGUCUGCUAUCAAAGGACAUUUCACGCUGAUAAAAUGGUGGGUUCUGGGAUUCUGCUCUUGGAAGAUGACUCUGUCUACGAAGGGAACUUCACGGAAGAUCUAACGUUUGUUGGCAAGGGAAAGCUGUCCUUUGCCAACGGCUUCAUUCUGGAGGGAACGUUUACUAACAAAUCAGGCCAAGGCCUUCAGACACACGGCAUCCUGAACACAUCGAACGAGCAGCUGGACGACAGGAUAACCAAAGUUCAGCUAGGCCUCGAGGAGUUCCCAGUAGAGAAGAGAUGGAAGGGAAUCUAUGACCAGUUCCUGGAGUUCAUCCAUUCUGGCUGCAAAGAAGAAAUGGAGGAGUCUUUCACUGGGUUCCACAUACAAACGAGCAAGGAGCUGCGGAAAUCUCAGGAGUAUCUCUUCUGCCAAAGGGGGACUGAGGAUGUAUCCUGGAAGAUAGAAGAUAUUCUUGAAGAGCUUGUCCAGCACCAGGAACCAGAGUCACUACAGAGUUAUUUAGACAAGGCAUUGAAAUCUUCCCUGCACCCACUGGGAAAGCUGCUGAAGGUCUUGAUGAUAGCUUUUCAGGCAACAUAUUCUGGGAUUGGGGCCAACAGACACUUGCUGACUAUGGCACAAGAGGAAGUCAAGUACUAUGCAAAGAAAAUAUGGGAGUUUUACCAGGGUUUGCUCCAUCUGGCACUGGAACAGAAAGGCCAACUGCCCACAAAGUGUGUGGAUGGAGAUACAAGUGACCAGAAGGCAUGCAGUGUGGUCCUGCCGUUGAUCUUGCCCUGCUUCUACCCUGAGCUUUUCAUGCUCUACAUGCUCUAUCAUGAAAGAGAAGAUGACCUGUACUGCCAAGGGAUCGUGGACCUAAGUCUAUUUCCCGACAUCAAGCUGCUAGAGUUUCUGGAUGUGCAGAAACACCUCUGGCCUCUGAAAGAUCUCACCCUGACAACCAACCAGAGGCGGUCCCUUAUCAAAGACAAAUGUUUCCUGUCCGCCACAGAGUGUUUGCAGAAGCUAAUCACCACGGUGGAUCCCCGGGAAAAGCUGGUGAUCCUCCAGAAGACAUACGAGGAGAUAGAAAGCACAGUGUCCCGGGUAGUGGGGAAGGACUACAAGCUUCCCAUGGAUGACCUGUUGCCCCUACUGAUGUACGUUGUAUCCCGAGCAAAGUAAGUGGAACACCUGGGAGCUGAAAUCCACCUGAUCAGAGACUUGAUGGACCCUGCCAAUCAAGGAGGACUGUAUGACUUUCUGUUAACAGCACUGGAGUCAUGCUACGAACACAUACAGAGGAUGAGACUCCACCAAAGAGAGAACUGCCACGUAACUCACAGCCCCUGA